ACUUGACAGUCUGACCUAGCUCUGGAACAGCACAGCUUUCAGUAAUUACCCCUGUCCAUGUGUCGCUGUGGUUGAGUUUUUGAUUCUCUUGGAGGAGGCAGAGCAGAAGUUCCUUGUUCCUGUGUGGCUGAAUCCUACGGAGUAACUGUGACAGCUUUGGCUGGGGCGCACGUGGCGCCACUAUGAACGUCACCUCACUCUUCUCCUUCACCAGCCCCGCGGUCAAGCGACUGCUGGGCUGGAAGCAAGGCGACGAAGAAGAGAAGUGGGCAGAGAAGGCGGUGGAUGCUCUGGUCAAGAAGCUGAAGAAGAAGAAGGGUGCUAUGGAGGAGCUGGAGAGGGCACUCAGCUGCCCCGGUCAGCCAAGCAACUGUGUCACUAUCCCCCGCUCGCUGGACGGAAGGCUCCAGGUGUCACACCGGAAAGGGCUGCCUCACGUCAUCUACUGCCGUGUAUGGCGUUGGCCCGACCUGCAAUCACACCAUGAGCUCAAGGCCCUGGAGUGUUGCGAAUUCCCUUUUGGAUCUAAGCAGAAAGAUGUGUGCAUCAAUCCCUACCAUUACAAGAGGGUGGACAGUCCAGUGCUGCCACCUGUGCUGGUGCCACGAAACAGCGAGUUCAAUGCGAAACUCUCUAUGCUGCCACGCUUCCGUAACCCACUCCACCAGACGGAACCCCCUAUGCCUCAGAACGCCACCUUCCCUGAAUCCUUUCAACAGCAGCCAGCGAACGCCCUUCCCUUCACCCCGAACUCCCCGACCAACAGCUACCCCAGCUCGCCCAACAGCGGCACAGGCAGUACAGCCACCUUGCCCCAUUCACCAUCCAGCUCGGACCCAGGCAGCCCUUUUCAAAUGCCAGAAACCCCUCCACCAGCUUAUAUGCCCCCAGAGGAGCCAAUGACACAGGACUGUCCCCAGCCAAUGGACACUAACCUGCUAGGUCAGAACCUGACAUUGGAGCUCAACAACCAUCCAGAUGUUCAGCCUGUGGCAUAUGCGGAACCCAAACACUGGUGCUCCAUUGUGUACUAUGAGCUGAAUAAUCGUGUGGGAGAGGCUUUCCAGGCCUCCUCAACCAGCGUACUGGUGGACGGCUUUACCGACCCCUCCAACAACCGUAACCGUUUCUGCCUCGGUCUGCUGUCGAAUGUCAAUCGCAACUCGACCAUUGAGAACACUCGACGCCACAUCGGAAAAGGAGUACAUUUGUACUAUGUGGGAGGAGAGGUAUACGCGGAAUGUUUGAGCGACAGCAGUAUCUUUGUUCAAAGCCGCAACUGCAACUAUCACCAUGGUUUCCACCCCACCACCGUAUGCAAGAUUCCUAGUCGCUGCAGCCUAAAGAUCUUCAACAACCAGGAGUUUGCCGAGCUCUUGGCACAGUCCGUCAAUCACGGUUUUGAAGCCGUCUAUGAACUCACCAAGAUGUGCACCAUCCGCAUGAGCUUUGUAAAGGUAAGCUAG